AAAAAGAUACACUUCCAAUCGAUCGGGGUGCUGCGUUAUCUCAUUACACAAGCCAUGAGGUACAUUUGCAGGACCUGUUCUCGUAUGGCUGAUCCUGCGGUAGCCAAGAAUCUCUUCGAUCCAUCGAGUUCUUCCGUUUUGCGUCAAAUAGAGACUCUAACUAACUUGCAGCUAAAAGAGGACGGCAAGUUGCCCAGGUUCAUGUGCCAGGACUGCCAGCACGACCUGCAGAUUGCCAUCGAUUUCCGCCGCGUUUGCAUCGAGGCCCAGGAGCUCCUUGAACUUCAGCUAAGGCAGGUGGAAAAGGAGGAGGAGGCGUUCGAGAGCCUGGCGGAGCAAUGGCUGGAUGAUUGUCCGGAUGAGUUGUCCAACUUGUCGCCAGUGCUACAGCUGAAUGAUCGCAUGGAUUUUAUCUUCGAUCCCGAGCCACAGGAUAAGAAUACGGAUGAGUUGGCUUCCAUAAAGACCACGACAACAACAGAGUAUAUGAAUGCAUACCAGUCAGUGGCCAGUCCGCAAUCUUCUCCAGAACUUUCAACAGAUAGCCAGUUGUCGAAUGAGCACUUUGACAUGGGCCUCUCUCCCGAAUCAGAACCCGAAAGUGAAGCUAUCGAUAAUCGGGACACUUCCUCCAGCCACACGUGCAGCAAGUGUGGCCUCGAAUUCGAAAACGUGGACGAACUGAAGCUGCACAAAUACCAUCUGCACGACAUCCCGCCAGAUACCAAAACGAUUUUCCAUUUUAUACGUGCUGCUCUGAUUGGAAUUAAGGAAUCCUUUAAACCCUAUCACUGAAUGACUAGAACAACUUAUUCACAAUUCGUCUGUGACCACUGUGACGAGGGCUUCCGAUCAGCAGCCGCACUUACGCGGCACUGCAACAUGAUUAAUCUUCCAUUGACGCACUCCUGCACCAAGUGCAAGAGCCAAUUCCACAAUCACAUUCUGCUGGAGACUCACAAACAGCGGUGUCUCAGGCCGCCGGCGUCCCAGCAUGUGUGCCACAUAUGUGGCAAGCAUCUGACCACGGCCUUUAAUCUGAAGAAUCACCUGGUUCGCCACGCGGGCACACGACGCCACAAAUGCGACCAGUGCAGCGCAUCCUUUUAUACAGCCGCCGAACUCUGUUCCCAUCAGAAAACCCACACAACCGAGCGUCCCUACAUCUGUCGCUACAACUGUGGCAAAACCUUUCGCUUUUGCAGCGCCCGCAGCAUGCAUGAAAGGGUUCACAUGGACGCCAGCAAGCGUAUCUACCAGUGCGAGUACUGCCCCAAGUCGUAUGUAACACCCAGCGAGUGCAGGACACAUCAAAAGUAUCACAACUUGACUCGCGAUCACGGCUGCGAAAUCUGCCGCAUAAGCUUCAAGACAGCCAAACACUACAGAUCCCAUCUGAAGUCCAAUGCCCACAAAACUCUGGAGGCGCGUGCUAAAGCUGCUGCAUCCCCCAAUUCCCGUGGAAGAAAUUGUUCAACGAAUUGAAUUCAUUAUUGCCAGUUGCAUGUUAAUUAUAUAUACCGAAUUGAUAUUAAUAAAGCUUCCGUUCCGCGUUCAUGUUU